AAAAAAAAAAAGUUUAUACUUACGUUUGAGAAAUAUUUUUCGUUACAAAAGAUAUAAAUUUUUUAUUUUACCAAGUUCACAGAAUUGAAUGUAUAUAAAAAAAAAAAGAUAAAAAAAUGGACUUAAUUGUUUACAUGUGAGUAGUAAAGUUCGUUUAGUGUAUAUAGUAAAUCAAUGCCGUUAAAACAUAAAACAAUUGAAGACAAAUGUAAUCCUCGAAAUAAAUGUAAAGUCAACUAAAAAUUGUUAAUUUUUAUAAAAUAAUAUUUAAUGAGAAGCAAUGGCCGAACAAGAUAUAAGUAGUUUUAAAAAACACUUAAUGGUUUGGACCAUGCUUUGCACGACAGCGGGGCUUUUGUUUUGGAUUUUUAAAAAGAUUAUGUCUAAAAGAGAGGAAUAUUUAAAGCAAGAAGAAGCUGCUAAACAAAAGCGUCACGCAAACCUUGCUAUUAUGGAAGAGCAAGAAAAAAUAAAAACAAACGACGAAAAACCAUCAAAUAAAACCGACAUGCAAAAUGAUACAAUACAAUACACUCAAUACCAAGAGUUCCUACCUGAUAACUUAUGGAAAAAAUUUUCUUUAACAAGUGAAAGUAGGGAAAUUCAGAAGUAUGACUUAUCUUUUGAAAGCAAUCCGGCACAAGUUGAAGUUUUAAUUUAUUACCAAUCUUUUGUAAAGUUGUUUCGUAUUGUAAUACUAACGGUAAAAAACCUUGAAAAAUUUAUAACUAACGAUAGUAACAAGAUAAGAGUCAAAGUCAUCCUCCGACGCUCAAACGAAACAAAAUACUCAGAGUCAUCACAGUUAUAUCCAAUAGCAGAGACGGUCCCAAUUAAAGAAAAUUUUUCAGUUCAAAUGGAUACUUUAGAUUUUUACGGAUGUGUACUAUACAUAACUGUUUGGAGUAUUGAUGUUUUUUACAGAGAACUACUUUUAGGUGCUAUAUCAAUUGACUUGAAUUCCUAUAAUCACAAUUUAAAGAAAAACUUUUAUGGAGAUGUUCUCCCUGUUAAGAAGGACACAAAAGUUUACGGUCACUUACUUGUUUCUCUUUGUCAUAUACCUUCAACUGAGCGACUAACAUGCGUUGUUAUCAGUGGGAAAAAUUUUACUGGAGACGCGAACAGCGCUUCAAUUCUUAACAAGGCAAUCAAUCCCUAUCUUGACAUAUCUCUUUUAAAUGAUGGAAAGUUAAUAAAAAAUCACACAACAUCCGUCUCAAAAGAAACACGUGAUCCUGUUUUUAACGAAAUGAUUGAGUUUUAUGUCCCACAAAGUCAGGUUACUUUAUCAGAUAUUCUUAUCAUGGUUUUUUAUAAAGAUGACAAAAAUUUUAAUGAAACAAUAGGUAAAAUUUUGAUAGGAAGUCAUGCCCAAGAAGAUGGGUACAAACAUUGGAACAAAACAUUAGAGAAUCCGGAACAAUCUUUUGCUAGGUGGCACGCUAUAAAAAAAUAGUUCUCAUUGAUUUUGAUAUGAACAUAAGGUUUUAAAAUAAAAACAAAACUUGAUAUUUUUGUAAAAUCUUUUUUUUUACUAGAUAUUUUAUAUGU